UGCGCCAUCCUUUGCAUGGCGAGCCUUCUGAUUCUUGCUGCCUCAGCGGGAGCAGUGGCGAUCUUGAUAGUCGUGAGACUAUGGGUCGUGCUUCGAUUCUUUCACGUCGCUUCCCGAGAGUCUCUCAGACUCUUGAUAGUUGCUGGAUCCGGUGGACAUACCACUGAGAUCCUGAGGCUGGUGGGAAGCUUGUCCAGCGCUUACUCUCCUAGGCAUUACAUCAUUGCUGACUCUGAUGAAAUUAGUGCCAAAAAAAUUGAAUCUUCUGAACGUGCUCGAACCCAGAAGGACUCUGCUCCUGAGCACACCCUUCACCGAAUUCCAAGAAGUCGAGAGGUUCGGCAGUCCUGGCUUUCCUCUGUGUUCACCACCUUGCACUCCAUGUGGUUUUCCUUUCCCCUGGUUUGCCAGCUAAAGCCAGAUUUGGUGCUGUGUAAUGGACCAGGAACGUGUGUUCCCAUCUGUGUAUCUGCCCUGCUCCUUGGGAUACUUGGAAUAAAGAAAGUGAUCAUUGUCUACGUUGAGAGCAUCUGCCGAGUGGAAACUUUAUCCCUGUCUGGGAAGAUUCUCUUUCACCUCUCUGAUUACUUCAUUGUUCAAUGGCCAGCUCUCAAGGAGAAGUACCCCAAAUCUGUGUACCUUGGGCGAAUUGUUUGACAAAUGGCAACUUCAGAGUCUUGAGAAUUUCACAAUUACCAAUAAUAGUUAUUAUAAUAUUUGUCUUUAUUGUAAAGUUUUCCAAAAGCCCAAAGAAUUAUCAAUGGUGAAGAGUUUAAAGUGUGCAAAUAACACAGUGAAGAAAGACAAACAUUAGCACAGAGUGCCCGUCAAAUAGACAUGUCUGCACACCAACUUAUUUUUCUAAAUAAAUGUGUAUAACACUGCUUGCAAGUUUC